CAAAGGCGUUGUUCACUGAAAUGUCUUAGAUAAUGUUUCAGCUGCCAUUGCUGACUAGUCUUUUGAUGGCUUGGAAAGGAUAUGAAUGUCUCCUCCCUUCCCAAGAGAGUUUGCUUCUUUUCAGGUCAUCCUUGUUGUAAAGGAGCUUUUUAUUACCAGGUUGCAGGAAAGAAAAAACAAAGAAGAAGAAGAAACAGCAUCCCAGUAAGGGAGACUUGGGGCAAGUUUUCAGCAUUUGUAGUUUGUGUGAAAUUCUUUUCAGGAGAUGACGACGCUGCGCAUCACGUGAGCUCCAGACGUCAUUCUCACGCCUGUAGACGGCAGCAGGCGGUCGGUCGAGAGGCGGAGGAGAGGAGAGGAGGAGGAGAGUGCCUUCAUCAUCAUCAGCAGCAGCAGCAUGGAGCUCCGGGAGCGCUGCGCUCUCUGACCGCGCGUCUUCACACCCUUUCAGCCGAGACCACUGCCCAAACGCACACAUGCAGGUUAUGCCACCCCACAGGCUGACUGCAAACCCAACGGUCAAAGAGAAGGGCUGAUCUCAGACCCCCCACACACUCCUGCUGCUGUGCCCCUCCCUGUCCCCAUGGCGACAGGAGGCUAUGCCCCUGAGAAAGAUGUUUUGAUCAACCUGCAUCAGGUUCUGGCUGAGGAGGAGAAGGGCUCCACAGAAGGCCUAGAGGAUGAAGAUUGGGACAGGACUUUGUCUGUGGAGCGUUUUGGGGACAUCAUUACAGAGUCUGGCACGAAUGGUGCAGAAAAAAUGGGUCGCAGCUAUAAUGAAAAGGACUUUGAAUACCAUCGCCACACGUUCCACCACACACACCAUCCGCUGUCCACACACCUGCCCCCGCAGCGCUUCAGGAAGAGGGUGCUCAGCAUGGAGCGUCAACGCAAGAAGAAACGCAGGAAAAAGAAGACAUCUAUGCCACCCUCUGAUGUCACGCCCACCAUCCAUGAGGUAGAUGAGGAGGAGGUGGAAUCUGAGCCAGAAGUGCAGGGCCAAGACACCACACCCACUGAGCCCCCUGAACAACAGAUGCAGUUUAGUUUGGGAUGUGAGGGAGUGAUGAUGCCACCUAUUCCUCUCCCCACAUUCUAUGUGGAGAAUGAGAGACCCCCAAGCCCAGAGCUGCCCAUCACCAGAACCGCAGAAGUACACGAGGAAAAAAUACAUGACAAACAGGAAGAAGAAGAAGAGGAGGAUGAAAAGGCAUUAAAUAGGUUCAGUUCAUCUUUAGAGCUGGCCAGUGUCCCUACACGAGCCUGGUUCUGCCGGAAACCCAUCCACCGGCUGAGCGGAGCCCAGCGCACCAACUAUGACCUGAGAGAACGCAUUUGCAUUGGCAGCAUGACUGCCAUGGAGACGGCCGUUUAUCAGAAAGUGCCCACGGAUGAAGCAGAGGCUCAGAUGCUCGCAACAGUUGACCUGGAUGACAUGAAGAGUCACCGAUUUGAAGACAAUCCUGGUGUAAGACGACACCUGGUCAAGAAGUCGUCUCGCUGUCAGGUUACACGGACAAACAAUGGCUCUCCUUCUCUGUCUAGCCUGAAGAAGAGGAAGAAGAUGGACAAAAAGACCCAUGAGGUCUUUGUAGAGCUAAAUGAGCUGAUUGUGGACAAGAACCAGGAGAUGCAUUGGAAGGAGAUGGCUCGCUGGAUUAAGUUUGAGGAAGAUGUUGAGGAAGAUACGGACCGCUGGGGCAAACCUCAUGUGGCCUCACUGUCCUUCCGGAGCCUACUUGAGCUUCGCAGGACCAUCACACAUGGUGCCAUAAUGUUAGACCUGGAACAGACCACGCUUCCUGGAAUUGCACAUUUGCUGGUGGAAACAAUGAUCAUCUCAGACCAGAUCAGAGCUGAGGACCGCGCCAAUGUGCUACGUGCAUUACUGCUGAAACACAGUCACCCGAAUGAUGAAAAGGAGGGCCGUUUCCACCGAAACCAUUCAAUGACCAGCCUGGGCAGCUUGCGCCAUAACCAUAACCAUGUUCAUGACACGAGCCUGCCACUAGUGGCCCAGGAUUAUGACACCAAAUCACCAGAGCACGACAAAGAGAAAAACCUGCACCCCGUUCCUGCAGAGGCACAUGCUGCAGCCAGAUCUAUGAAAUUGCUGGCAAAGAUCCCCAAGGAUGCUGAGGCCACGGUGGUUUUAGUGGGCUGUGUGGAGUUUCUGGAGCAGCCUGCUAUGGCAUUUGUGCGCCUCAAUGAAGCAGUCCUGUUAGAAUCAGUACUGGAGGUUCCAGUUCCUGUGCGCUUCAUUUUUGUGCUACUGGGUCCAUCUCAGAGUAACAUGGACUACCACGAGAUUGGACGUUCCUUCUCCACACUUAUGUCUGAUAAAAACUUCCAUGAAGUGGCCUACUUUGCUGAUGACCGUCAGGAUCUGCUGAAUGGCAUUAAUGAGUUCCUAGACUGCAGCAUUGUGAUUCCUCCCUCAGAUGUAGAGGGCAAGGACCUGCUGAAGACAGUGGCCUCCUUCCAGAAGCUGAUGCUACGCAAGCGCAAAGAGAGAGAGAAUAAGAAGGGCAUGAGUGGAGUGGCAGGAACUAAUCAGGAGACCAAAUAUCUCAGUCAAGAUGAUCAGGAGGAUGGUGAACUGGAAGUGGACCCACUGAAACGCUCUGGGAUCCCUUUUGGAGGGCUGAUCCAUGAUAUUCGUCGCCGCUACCCACACUACAUAAGCGAUCUGAAGGAUGCGGUAGAUACGCAGUGCAUCGCCGCUGUCAUUUUCAUCUAUUUUGCUGCCCUCUCACCAACCAUCACUUUUGGAGGACUGCUAGGGGAGAAGACUCAAGGUAUGAUGGGAGUAUCUGAGCUCAUUAUCUCUACAUCAGCUGUUGGAGUGCUGUUUUCUCUGCUGGCAGGACAGCCACUGCUCAUUAUUGGCUUCUCCGGACCUCUUCUAGUGUUUGAGGAGGCCUUCUACAAGUUCUGCCAGGCGCAGGGCUUCGAGUACCUCACAGGUCGAGUGUGGAUUGGCUUCUGGCUCAUUUUCAUUGUGCUGGUGAUCGUAGCAGCGGAAGGCAGCUUUCUUGUGCGCUACAUCUCACCCUUCACUCAGGAGAUCUUUGCCUUUCUUAUUUCCCUCAUCUUUAUUUAUGAGACCUUCUCCAAACUCUUCAAGGUAUUCCAGGAACACCCACUGAUGAAGACCUACCCAGUCUUUCCAGGCCCUCCUGUGCAAGGACACCCAGGAUCAGAAAAUCAAUUUCUAAAUCAGGGUCCAGUUCUAAACCAGCCCAACACUGCCCUGCUCUCCCUUGUGCUCAUGGUGGGAACCUUCUUUGUGGCCUUCUUCCUUCGAAAAUUCCGCAACAGUCGCUUCCUUGGUGGCAAGGUCAGGAGAAUUAUUGGAGAUUUUGGAAUACCCAUCUCUAUUCUGUUAUCUGUGAUAGUGGACCUCUGCAUCCCUGACACAUACACACAGAAACUGAACGUGCCCUCUGGUUUCUCGGUCACAUCUCCUGACAAACGAGGCUGGUUCAUCAGCCCAUUUGGAGACAAACAGGCCUUCCCCACGUGGAUGAUGGGAGCCUCUGUGGUGCCCGCCCUUCUCGUCUUCAUCCUCAUCUUCAUGGAGACACAGAUCACAACGCUGAUAGUAAAUAAGAAAGAGCGUCGCUUGGUGAAGGGUUCAGGUUUCCACUUGGAUCUGCUGCUGAUCGUGACUCUGGGUGCUAUCUGCCCACUCUUUGGCCUGCCCUGGCUGACAGCUGCCACUGUACGCUCUGUCACUCAUGUCAAUGCUUUGACAGUAAUGAGCAAAGCUACAGCUCCUGGGGAAAAGCCCAUGAUCCAGGAGGUUAAAGAGCAGAGACUGACUGGGAUGUGUGUGGCCAUACUUGUGGGCAUGUCCAUUGUGAUGACAGAUGUGCUGCGGCAUAUUCCGCUGGCUGUGCUCUUUGGUAUUUUUCUCUACAUGGGCAUCACUUCCCUGACUGGUAUCCAGCUCUAUGAGCGCAUCACGCUCAUGGUCACGCCUUCAAAACACCACCCUGAUCACAACUAUGUCACUAAAGUGAAGACAUGGCGUAUGAACAUGUUCACCAUAAUUCAGCUGUUGUGUAUUGCACUCUUGUGGGUGGUAAAGUCCACUGUGGCAUCCCUGGCUUUCCCCUUCAUCCUCAUCAUGACCGUGCCGCUGCGCAGACUCAUUCUUACAAGGAUCUUUGAGGAGAGGGAACUGGCAGUUUUGGAUGCAGAUGAGGAUACACCCAAUUUUGAUGAAGAUGGUCGUGAUGAGUAUAAUGAGAUUCACAUGCUUGUGUAGUCCCGGUCUCCAGUCACAGGAUAAACUGCCUGUAAAGGUGACACUGGCUAUCAUGUAUGAUGAUGAACUCAGAUAGCCUACUCUUCUUCAGGAUAGUGUCAUGUGUAUAUUCAUUGUACUUAUUCUGUUUAAAAUGGAGAUAUUCAUACCAGAGAUUCACAAUAUUUAGAUACUUUUUGUUGUUAUUAUUCUUAUUUAUUUGUUAUAUAUUUUUUAAAAUUUACUUCUGGUUCCUCAUAAGUGGUCUCCCUGAAACUUGAUGAUGUCCAGUGUUUUGAAGUCCUGGUUCAGGACAUUUUAAUGUUUUAGCACCAGUAACACACCCAUUUUACCUCAUGAAGGACUUAAUGAGCUAUUGAGAUGAGUCUAUUGUGUAAGAGCAGGGAAAGUACUAAAAUGUAAGGACUCAGGAACCAGGAUCGAAAACACUACACCAUGAGUCCCAAAAUAGACCAUGCACCUUACAGUGAUGUAUAAAGUGAAUGAUUUACUCCCUAUCCUGAAAACACUGCAUAAAGGAGCCCACUUCUUGUCAAUCUGAGCUGCCUUCUUUUCUGCAGUGUAGGUACCGUCCACAGUCUGUAUGAUUUUCAGUAGUUGUAACAUGCACCUGAGAAUCCUCAUUGUUGUUCAUUUUAACUCCUUUUUUCGUAUGUGGUAUGAUAUAAUGCUGUCAUGAAGACAUGAACACUAAGUGAGAUUUCUUCUGAUAGAUUCUAAUAUUUAUACUUUUUAUUUAUUUGUGACAUUUGUUUGCCUGACUGCAUAAUUACUUUUUAUUCAGAACAGCACUUGUUAAAUUUGCAUUGAUAUGGGCAUUUCAUAAGAGAAGCAGCACAUUAGCAUGGACUGGUCAUGGACUGAAAGUUAGCAUACCCUUAUACUUUUCCUAUGCUAUUUAUUUUGUGUUCAUAAUGUGAGACUUGUGUGUUACAUUGCCUGUUAUAUUUGAGUUAUUGUUUUAUUGGAACAGUUUAAGCCAUAGUGUACAUGAUUUGAAGAUGUAAUGUACAGAUUAUAAAGUUUAAUUAUAAAAUCAAACUUAAUCCACUGGCUGCUGAACUGACAGUGUAUAUGGACACACUUAGCAUUACAGCUUGAACUGGAAGCGAGAGUGUUUGGCUCCAUUGCAUUCUGCUGCCAAAUCGGUGAAUGAGUUUAGAGAGGAAACUUGGCCUUGGUCCCAUCUAUCAAAGUUUGACUAGUUUAAAUGACAUGUACGUUCUUUUAAAAUCUACCUUGUGCCACAGCCAACAAAUGAGCCGUCAAAUAUCUUUUAUCUGUUGCUGUAUCUUUUUACAUAAAAUACAAGCUCCUCUGAGGACCUUGGAAGCUCUGAGAUGGGUUCAGUGAACUUUUGUCCAUAGUUUUUAUAUGAACUGAAGUAUUAUUUUUGCUGUUUCUUAACACAUGGAGGCACAGAGCAUGCAGAGUAAAAAAAAAACACCCUUUAGACUGUAAAUAACAUCCUGACCAGUUCCUGUUGGUUGUGCUACAUCACUGUGUACUUUACGCAAAUCACAAGACCAGGUUCACUUUUUACACGUACCAUUGCACAGAAGGUUUUGUUUUUUUCUUUCUUUUCAGUUUAACUCACAGGUUUUGGGGAUGGUGAAAUACAAACAUAUAAAGUAGGCUGCUGCCCAUUGAAACAAGCUGUCAGUUGUGAGACUACACAGAAGUUUGUAGGUUGGUGGUCCUCAAACUACAAAUCUGAGCACUGUAUUGAUGCUAAAAAUGUUAGCUUGGGUUUUCAAUUUUGAAGUAAGGAGUGUUGCUAAAGGGGGACCAGAGUUGGACAGAAAUUACAGUACAGAAGUGUGAUUAGGGUGGUGGUGGCUCAGUGGCUAAGGUUUUGAGCUAGUGAGAAGAAAAUUGCAAAGACUCCCAGGUCUGCCAGAGAACCCUUAUUUGUUCAGCUCAAUUGAAAGUGAUUUUGGGUAAAAGUGUCUGCCAAAUCAGUGAAUAAAUAUGGUUAGAGAUGCAUGCUACUUUUUUAGAGUGAGAAAAAAAAUGUGAUCAGGUUAGUAUCUGUAUGGAGUUUUGCAGGAUGUACCCUACACCGGGCGGCACGGUGGUGUAGUGGUUAGCGCUGUCGCCUCACAGCAAGAAGGUCCUGGGUUCGAGCCCCGGGGCCGGCGAGGGCCUUUCUGUGCGGAGUUUGCAUGUUCUCCCCGUGUCC